GUUUUGCCUUUCUCACUCAUUUCUUUUGUUUUCAUUUGACUUAAUGGUUUUGGGCAAGAAAGUAUUUAAGUAGGGCCAAAUGGGUUCAGAUAGGAUACAAAUAUGAAGAAGAUCUGAACUGAAAUGGCUUGAAAGAUGAUUGCUUAAUGAUAUUUUAAUUAAUGCCUAAUGUUUUAAGCCUUGAUUUUAGUGAAGUUGCUGAGAUAUUGGAAGUGUCGUGUUUUUUUGGAUAUUGAUAAUCAUCAAAAGAUGAAUUCCACUGUAUUUGAAGCGGUGAAAACUGAUUUGAAGAAAGAACCUUGACAUCACUCCAUUGUUGAUCCCACUUUCAAUUUUCAGUGAUUGAAGGCAUACAAUGUCCGAAAUUAGUUGUAAUUCAACAAAGAUCUGUCACUGUGGUGAAAUUGCUCGUUGUUUCACUUCGAAAACACCUUCAAAUCCUGGUAGGAAAUUCUAUAAGUGUCCUAAACCUAAAGUAAGUGUUAUUAUUGAAUUAUUUGUCCAGAAUUUUGGUUUGAUGUUUCAAUUCAAGUGUUGAUAAUUUUUUCGUAUUUUUAUUGGUUUGAGGGAUAGAGGGAAAGAUGAGGCCCUUAAGAGGCAAGGUGAAUGGAAGCUUUCAAGGAAAGGUAGAGUGAUGACUUGUAGCAAUUGUAGAGAGCCAAAUCAUAAUGUUAGGGGCUGUGACAAGCCAAAGAAAGGCAAGCAGCAAGCUAAGAAAAAGCAGCCCGCUAGGAGCAAAAAGAGGCAGACUAGGGGCUUAGUUGAUGAAGAUGAAAAUUCCCAACCAGCUGGAGGAGAAAUCAACUUAACAGCCCCCCAACCAACCCAAGACAGUCAGCCCAUGCCUACUCCAAUGCAUUAUGGGCAUGCUUCUAGUAGCAGCAGCACCCCAUUUCCUAACUUUGAAUAUCCUUUAGUUGAGGAAGAUGAUGAAGACCCUUUUCUAAGGCCCAAAGUGAUUUCUGAAUUUUCCACAAGACUUCAAAUGAAGCAAAAAGCACAAGAACCAACUGGAAGAAGGGCAAUAUGCUUUAGAGGUGACCACAAUGGUGUUAGUGAGGCAACUAAUCUUCCAGUCUCAUUAACAAGCUUAACUUGGCAAGGGAAUAAUACAGUUCAAGAGAGGAUUGGGAAGUUGAAUCCAAGAAGGGGAUCUAACAGUUGA